AUGCCUCUGAUUUCAAAUGCCAUCUAUCCAUCAACGGAUUCAGAAUUCAUCUCCUUCCCCAGUCGAAGAAGUGUCAUCCACAGCACGGAGGGCAUGGUAGCAUGCACGCAACCUCUCGCCGCAAAAUGCGGUCUCAUGAUUCUGCAACAGGGAGGAAAUGCUGCAGAUGCAGCCGUUGCAGUUGCUGCUGGUCUCAACAUGGCCGAACCUUGCUCCACAGGUAUCGGUGGCGGCAUGUUCGCUCUCUACUUUGACGCCAAGACGAAGAAUGUAUCUGCACUGAAUGGCUCUGGUCGAGCGGGUAAAAUGUGCACUUUAGAGACGAUACGGAAGGAUCUUGGGUUGAGUGAGGGAGAACGAGGGAAACCGAUACCAUUUGAUAACGUCCACGCUGUUACUGUGCCUGGUGCGGCUGCGGGGUGGGUAGAUACCGUCGAGAAAUUUGGCAGUGGGAAGUUGAAUAUGAAAGAUAUUCUGAGCCCUGCUAUCGAGAUGGGUGAGAAGGGGUUCCCGGUUUCUGAACUGACUGCCAAAUCUUGGAGGAGAGCAGAAGCAUCUAUCCGGAGGGCAUCACCUAAUUUUGCGGAGAUGUUGAAGAAGGAUAAGGACGCGUUAGAUGGAUGUCGGGCCCCCGGACCUGGCGAGAUUAUGAAGAACCCGACUCUUGCACAUACUUUCAGACGACUUGCCGAGAAAGGAAAGAAGGGCUUUUACACGGGCGAGGUUGCAGAAGAGAUUGUGAGAGUGUGUAAAGAGAGAGGUGGUCGCCUUGAACUUGGUGAUUUGCAAAAUCAUAUGGAGCUCGGGACGGAGCUGGUUGAUCCCAUAUCUCUCAAAUUCAAGGGACAGGGUAUUGGGAAGACUCAAAGUCAACUUAUGAAUGGUUCUCUGGAAUCCGGUACUGAGAAUGGUGGAGUAGAAAUUUGGGAACACCCGCCUAAUGGCCAAGGUAUCGUUGCUUUGAUUGCACUUGGGAUCCUGGAGGAAUUGGAGAAGACGGGGAAAAUCCCACUGUUCAAAGAUAAGGAUCAUAAUACAACCCCUCACUUGCACGCGGUGAUUGAGGCGCUCCGUAUCGCGUUCGCGGAUGGUGCCUGGUGGGUGACAGACACAAACCUUGUGGACGUCCCAACAAAAGGACUCAUCUCGCAGUCCUAUCUCGAAAAACGAGCCAAGCUCUUCAAUCCUCAGCGUGCAUCAGAGCUCACGGAUCACGGCAGUCCAGCACAUAACCAUUCCGACACGGUAUAUUUCGCAGUCACCGACAAGUACGGCAAUGCAAUCUCCUUCAUCAACUCGAACUACACCGGAUUCGGAAGCGCUAUCAUCCCCAAAGGCUGUGGCUUCACCCUACAGAACCGAGGUGCAAAUUUCAGCCUAGAGAAAGAGCAUCCUAACGUCCUUGCCCCCGGCAAACGCCCAUAUCACACUAUCAUUCCGGCAAUGAUCACGAAUAUCCAUGACGGAAGUCUGCACUCUGUUUAUGGCGUUAUGGGAGGUUUCAUGCAGCCGCAAGGCCGUGUUCAGGUUUUGCUGAACAUGUUAGCGUUCAAGCUUAAUCCGCAGCAGGCCCUAGACGCCCCGAGGAUCUGCAUCGGAGCUGGGAUGCCGGAUGAGGGGAAAGUAUUAGAUAUGACUGUUCAUCUUGAGGAGGGGAUCAGCGAGGAGGUGAGGGACCAGCUGAGGGGUAUGGGGCAUAAGGCAGAGAUUAUGAAGGGCUAUGGGAGGAGUUUGUUUGGGAGGGGUCAGUUAAUUCGAUCGCAUUUUGAUGAUGGGAUGCAGGUGUUUAGUGGGGGCUCUGAUCUUCGUGGAGAUGGAGCGGCUUUUCCAGCAUGA